AUGAUUGUCUCACGCCCUCGUGGAAUCGCUCGCAAGCACCGCCGCAACGACUACCUGCAUACCCCACUGAGCCGCCACACCCCCAGCGACGUGCGAUCGACCUCGACCUUCUAUCGCUACCCGACGACCCACCAUCACCACCGCGACUCGACAAUGGGUUGGUUCGGCCCGUCGCGCUCGCCCUACAGCUCAGGCAACUACUACUCCAAGUCCACCUGGGGACGUCCUGCCAGCACCUAUUCGUCGCAUUCAUACUACAAGCGCCGCCCGCGCGACGGCUACAUCAACCGCCUGCUGUACAAGCUCAAGCAGCUGUUGCGCGAGCUCUACGACUAUGCGCGUCGCCAUCCCGCCAAGCUGUUCUUCAUGGUAAUCAUGCCUUUGCUAAGCAGCGGCGCUCUGCACGGCGUCCUGCGACAAUUUGGCAUCAGCCUGCCGCGCGCCUUGAACACUGCUCUCGGUGGUGCCCCGAUGGGAGGUGGCUACGGUGCAAGGAGCUACAGCGGCGGAUAUUACGGUAGCUCUGGCUACGGCCAUGACUACGGCAGAGGCAGCGAGGGCCUGAACCUUGGCAGCUUGAUGAGCCUGGCGAGCCUGGCGAAGCACUUCAUCUGA